GUGCCUGCCACAGAUGGGGGCGAAACGUCAGGAGAGAGUGCUGCCGGGGAUGUGUCCAGACAACUCCCAGCGACCCGGCGAAUCCGGCCGUGAAAUCCUUCGGAUGGGGAUGCGUUUCCUUUUUGGCUUCUCCGCCGGAAGAGCAAACAAUGGGCUCCCUUGGACACCGGAUGGGACGCGCUUCCUCUCCCAAAACAAAAUAAAAUUCCUUUGGAUCCCAUUCUGUCCCGUCAUUACUCACGUCCCGUCCCGAGCGCGUCUACACGGUGGAUCUGAUGCGGUUUCGUCCCUCCGAGGCGUAGUCUCGCAAGGAGCAAGGCCCAGGUUCAUUCCCGUCCUACCUUCCUCUUGGUGACUGGAAGGAUUUCACCUGAGAAAAAUGGCCCAGACGUCCCCUUUGGAUUCACACCUUGCAGGUGGCCGGGAGACUCACUACUCGGUGGAGACGCCCUACGGCUUCCUCCUGGACCUGGACUUUGUGAAGUACGUGGAGGAGAUCGAGAGCGGGGUGACCCUCCGGAAGGCCAAAGGGGUCAGGGGGGUCAGGGGUCACGGCCGGACCGGCGGGUGGGCGUCGGCAGAGUCCAUUUGGGGUGACGCACCGGAGGACGUGCCGGUCAGUGUCCGGACUCUGGAGAGUGACGGACACGAGGUGGACAAUGGCCGGAGUCCAAGCUCGAACCCAGCGGUCACUCGUCCCGAGACCCACGAGGCGGAGUCCUGGGUCACGGAGGUCAUGCUAGGCCUCUCGUCCGAAGCCGAGGAAGAGCGGCGGCUCCUCCAGGACACCGUCCAGCACCAGAAGGCGGUCAUCGCCCUCCUCGAGAAUCACCUCCGAGACGCGGCCGACGAGCUGGAGGAGCUGCGGGUGGCCGUCGCCGGGUGGGGGGGCCGGGCGGGGGUCGGGGCCGGCGUCCAAGUGGACCUCAGGCCGGACACGGCUGACCAAGGCGUCCAGCACUGCCCGGAGGUGGCCUCCGUCGGAGUGGGGGGCGCCGGCCGCACGGAGGACGACCCCGAGGGCGGGGGGGCACAGAGGGCGGCCACACCCGAAGAGGAGGAGGAGGAAGAGGAGGAGGUCUCGGGGGUCAUCCGGGCAGAGGAAGGGCCCGAGCCCAACACAGGAACAGCCCCGAAGUCCAUCAUGAAGCGGCACGGACUCCCGGCCACGGCCGAGCGGAAGACCCUCCAGUUCGUGGGGUUCCUGAACGGCGAGUACGAGAGCACGUCCUCCAGUGAGGAAGAGGAAGAAGAGGAGGAAGAGGAGGCCACCCGCCAAAGCACACUGGAGACAGCGUGGUUCGGGGCCUCCAGCCGGAAGGACUCCUCGGCGGAGGAAGUGUCCGUCCUCCUGGGGUCACUCUCGCCGGACACCCGGAGACGGCUCCUCGGACUCUCCGACGCGGACGGCAACACGGCCCUUCACUACAGCCUCUCCUACGGGAACUUCGGCAUCGCCCAGCUCUUGCUGGACACAGGGUUCUGUCAUGUCGACCGUCCGAACAAGGCCGGCUACACGGCGCUGAUGCUGGCGGCCCUGGCGCCCGUCCGGCGGGAGGAAGAGAUGGACGUUGUCCGGAGGGUCUUCCGCCUCGGAAACGUCAACGCCAGGGCCGGACAGGCGGGUCCGACGGCCCUGAUGCUGGCGGUCAGCCACGGGAGGCAGGACGUGGCCGAAGCCCUCUUGGACGCAGGAGCUGACCCCCACCUGCCAGACGAGGAGGAUGACACCUGUCAAUCACACAGUCAGACUCCCAGUGACCACUCUCUGGACGGUCAAGUUGCCAUCCAAGACCCGCCGGACAAUGGCAAUGUCCCAAUUAUUAUUAUAAUUGACGCUCCGGACGACCAGACCACUCCCCAGGGCCACGAGAAUGGGAAGACCCCUUGCGGCGAGUGA